AAGCUUGCCAGCCUUACGGUAUCUCUGAAGCCACCUCUUAUCUUCGACACUGUCUGAUACCAGCCUCCCUAACUUAACUCCAAGAAGAAGAUGGGAAGAAUAUUUGUAGUGGAGCUAGAAGGAAGGUCUUAUAGAUGCAAAUUCUGUAAAACCCACUUGGCCGUUCCUGAAGAUCUUGUUUCCAGGGCUUUUCAUUGUCGGAGAGGAAAAGCAUACCUUUUUAAUAAUGUGGUGAACAUCACAGUAGGAACUUUAGAGGAGAGGAUAAUGCUUUCAGGAAUGCAUACCGUGGGAGACAUAUUUUGCUGUUGUUGCGGCCAAAUUGUUGGCUGGAAAUAUGAGGCAGCUCAUGAGAAAAGCCAGAAGUAUAAAGAAGGGAAAUUUGUUCUUGAAAGAGGGAGGAUUGUUGAUGAAAUUGACUUUUCUUCGGAUGUCUACAUCGAUACUCGUCCUAGUGUGAGUGACGCUGAAGACUGAAGAUGCCUAGGGUGUAGCUUUAUUUCUAUAACUAGUUUACCAAAUAUUUUGUCAAUAAGAUCAGGUACACUGCCUUUGUGUAUAUGUGUGGACUGUAAAAAUUUUAGGAAACCUUGGCUAUCUAGUUUCAUUCUCCUAGUCAAGAGUGCUAAAUCUGUACGAUUAUCAGUUAAAUUUUGAGUAGAUUCAUGCUCUUUCGAGUCUUCUUCCAA